AUGGGUGCAACAACAGUUCCUCCAGCAGAAUCAACAACAAUGGACCUGAUUCAGUCGGCUCAAACAACGAUCCAGAAUUUUGUCACUUUGAAGUCAACGAUGGAGGACAAACCAAUCGUUUUCAAGGAAAGCGUUCACGACGAAUAUACGAAUCGGGAGGAUUUGGAUAAAAUACGGCAAAUUUCGACCACGAAACCAACUGGUGAAAAGAUAGACGAAACAGAAACAAAAUCUACCGAUAGAAGUGUGCAGGUUGUUCUUCCACUUCAGCAUUCAACCGAUUCUUCAGACAGCUCAGAAAGGACAACAACUACUUCAAUCACGGAUGAAAUUGCUAUCAGUCCACCUAAAAGCAAAACCAGCCCAUUAAGUGUGUCUUCAAAAGGAAGGGCCAUAGAUUUUUCAAAUCAGUUUGACGUUGGCGAAAAGCAGAAAACAAAAAUAGACGACAUGAAUGACAUGAUGUCGACAAAAAACAUCAUCGCCGAUAAGGAUAAAACGAAAAUCGACAGCAAAGGUCUUGAUGAUGUAAGCAUGGAUGAUGACGAUGACGACGAUGUGAUAUCAGCAGGCGACGUUUCGAAAAGUAAAUCAGAACAAUCACUGGCUCGAAAACCAAUACUGACCACAAAUGAUUCGCCAAAUAUGCAAGUGCAUUGUAUCUUCAAUGGAACAACAUAUAAGCCAGGACAUUCGUUAGAUAAACACUGUGAAGGCAUGUGCAAAUGUUCCGAAGAAGGUCUUUGGAGAUGUGAGCCCAGGUGUGAAGCUCCUUAUGUCACAAGAACUCCUGAUGGCACCCUAAACGAUGUCACCACCAAAAAUGAAAGGGGCUGCCGCGAAAUGGCACACCCAACAGACGAGUGCUGCGCUGUCCUGGUUUGUGCAGCCGAUACCACAGGCAAUAAUUCAACUGAUGUAACAUGCAAUCACGAAGGUAUGAUUUACAAAGCUGGUGAUAGGUUUCAAGUCGGCUGUGAAUCGCUUUGUCUUUGUGGAGAGACGGGAACAGUGUCAUGUGAACCAAGAUGUCCCAAAUCUGAAUCCUCCGACAACAAAGAAAACCACUGUGUCUCAGUACAAGACCCAAGAGACUCCUGCUGUAAAGUUUUAUUAUGCGAUGUCACUUUAGAUGAUGCUCAUAGAGCAAUCGAUGAUGUCACUGCACAUGAAGAAUCAAACAGCUUGCCACCUCUAUCAGAACCAUUCGCACCUCACGAAAACAAGAUGCUUGGCAAUAAUUCCAUGUACAAAAUGAAUGAUACUGUUUUGUCAUUGAAUGACACUAGUAUAAAAAAUUCAACAAAUAGUUUAGAUGGUUUUAUGACUGGUAUGGGUAUGCAGAAAGGUAAAAAUAGUACUGAUAAAAUUAAAAAUGUGCUGACUAUGUCAUCUGCUGAGAAGAAAGAAUUGGAGGGAUGUGAAUACGAAGGCAAGGUCUAUGCGCCAAAAGAGGAAUUUCACAAAGGCUGUGCAGAAUUAUGUGUCUGCCUUCCAUCAGAAAAAUCAACCAAUAAAUUUGAAGCAUCCUGCUUGGCCUUAUCUUGUCCAAAUGCCUUUGGACUCGAUGUAGUCGAUCCCCAUUGUCUCAGAUGGGAACCGGACCCUCCAGGUUUUGAGCCAAAAGCGCCUCAUUGCUGCCCAGAAAAAAUGCGAUGUGCAGACAAUGGCACAUGCACCUAUAAAGGACGCAGUUUUGAGAAUUGGUCUGCAAUUCCUACAUCUAUAACCGGUUGUGAUGAGCGUUGUUAUUGUGAAGGUGGUAAAGUCGAUUGCCGUCCAGGAUAUUGCCCAGACGUAGGACCAACACCUACGUGCAAAGUAGGCAGUACAGCACGACUGAUUAACCUGGAUGGUGAGGAGGAAGGUGAUGACUGCUGCAAGCAAUGGAAAUGCGAAAAGAGCAAUGAUGUAAUAGGUGUGAUGGUGCCAAAUAAAACAGGGAAAACAAGCAAGAGUCAACAAAAUACAGAUGCUAACAAAAUGUCGAACAAACCAGGCAGUCAGUUUCCAGGUCCUUAUGCACCAGGCAGUAGUGAAUUGAGUAAAGAUCCACCCACAAAACCGAAUAAAGCUCAUCAGUUCCCAGGACCGUUAGCAAAUCUGCCAGGGCCUUUCAAUUUAGACAACGCCAUCAAACCAUCACAAAAGGACAAAAUUAAACCAACAACAGUAAACUAUCAGGACCACUACUACACAUCACAGGAGGACGAAGAGGACAAGGACACUGUCUAUGACUUUAGACCUGACUUGAAUAAUCCUGGACCUGGAUAUUUUAACCCGUCUGUCAGUAAAACUCAAUAUCAGGACUUUGACAAUGAGAAAAACCAUAAUAUGCAUAAUCCAGGCAUUAAUAAUUUAGGACCUGUUAUAAACUCAGGUGUCAAUCAGGGUCAUGUAUUUGGCCAGAACGAAGAACAUUUUGUGAAUGGACAAAAUCCUAUUCCUUUACCACCACCAAACCAACCAAAUCAUCCACUGUUAGGAGUGCCUAUAAACGGACAACUUCCAUCAGGUGUAAGAUUAGAACAUAUCCUACAACAUCUAUCAGGAGGCGUUCAAAAUGGACAGACACCACCAGGCUUUAACCCUGGACAAGGACACUUGUAUCCUAAUAGACCACCACAACAGGGACCAUUCAUUAAUGGAGGAUCUUAUGUUCAAGAACCCAAAAUAAACGUGGUGAGCUUGGAAGCAAUUGAUUCACAGACUGUGAGACUUGUUUUUAGCGUCCCUGCAGUUUUAGUGGGCCUGCACGGCAGAGUGGAACUUAGAUACACACCAGACAGCACAAAUGGUGACAUGUCGACUUGGCCAUCACAGAUAUUUGCACCACCGGAUGACUUAAUAGCGACACCUCAACUAGAAUUCGAACUUGGUGGUCUGAGACCCCAAACUGAAUAUAGGGUACGAGUCACCCUGUUGCUCAGAAGUGAUGUGAGCCUAGUUGCUGGUAGCGGAAGUGGUGCAGAAAUCACAAGAGUCAAUAGCGAUGUGUACAGGGUCAGGACUCCUGCAGCACCAGAAAUCGGCAGAUUACCUUUCCCUGUGGUGCCUCCACAUGCUGGUUUGAUAAACGGACCACCAUCAACAAUUCCUAUAGAGCCUGAUUUCAUACUUUUGGGCAAUAAUGCAACAACAUUAGAAGUAUCGUGGCGCAGACUGAAACCAGAAGAACUGCAAUUUGUAGAUGCAGUACAACUUCGUUUUAAAGAAAUAGAUGCCAAAGUAUUUUCUGCAACACCACUAAUUCACAGAUCUGUAACAAGAUACACCAUUGAAGGUCUAAAACCAUCUACUUCAUAUGAUGUAGGAAUAUUUUUCAUACCAUUUGCUGGACAAAACAUAGAACUCAAAGCUGAAAACAUGCUUAGGGUGAAAACUGAACGUGAAAUAGAUGUGUACGGUUUUGAAAUAAAGAUAAAUGCAACCAAAAUUAAAUCAACAACCAUGGAAAUCUCUUGGUCGGGAGUCCCAUAUCCUGAAGAUAAAUUUGUUAAUGUAUAUCGUGCUAUUUAUCAGAGUGAAACAGGCAAAGAAGAUAGCAGCGUGUUCAAAGUAGCUAAAAGAGAGUCAAUGGGUGGAACAAUGAUAAAGGAUCUUAAACCAGGAACAAAGUACAGGCUAUGGUUAGAAGCUUAUCUUACAAAUGGCAAGAUCAAAAAGAGUGCUGUUAUCGACUUAUUGACAAAACCUGGAAUACCACAAGACAGUCAAACAGAUAAAUUGAGUUCAAUGCCUUCCAAAAGAGACAACACAGGAGAUUACUAUUCCUCUUUAGUAGUUGUUGCAGUAAUCGCAGCCCUGGCAGUACUGUCUACUUUAAUUUUGCUACUCAUACUGACCAGAAGGGGAACAAGAAGAACAGCUAGUAUUACAGCACCUGCAGCAGCGGCUGUAAGAAACGCCAAUGGAGAGCAUAAUAAUAGAAAAAUUACUAUAGCUGAAAGCGCUUAUGACAAUCCAACUUACAAGGUUGAAAUCCAACAAGAAACUAUGAAGUGCUGUUAUCGACUUAUUGACAAACCUGGAAUACCACAAGACAGUCAAACAGAUAAAUUGAGUUCAAUGCCUUCCAAAAGAGACAACACAGGAGAUUACUAUUCCUCUUUAGUAGUUGUUGCAGUAAUCGCAGCCCUGGCAGUACUGUCUACUUUAAUUUUGCUACUCAUACUGACCAGAAGGGGAACAAGAAGAACAGCUAGUAUUACAGCACCUGCAGCAGCGGCUGUAAGAAACGCCAAUGGAGAGCAUAAUAAUAGAAAAAUUACUAUAGCUGAAAGCGCUUAUGACAAUCCAACUUAUAAGGUUGAAAUCCAACAAGAAACUAUGAACUUAUAG